AUGAAAUCAACCAACAAUUAUUACGGUCAAGCUUCAAGCUACACUGGUGGAGGAGGAGGAUAUGGCCAAGCUGGUGGAUAUGGCCAAUAUAGCGGUGGCGGAGGUGGUGGUGGUUAUUAUAAUCAUCCACCUCCACGUAGUCCUUUCUCUGGUGCAGGCGGUUAUUCACAACAAUACGGCCAGCAGUAUCCUCAGCAAGGAGGCUUCUAUCCACCUCAACAGUCAAUGGGAUACGGCGGUCGUCCUACCGGUAUGGGUGGUGGCCGUGGAGGUGGAAUGAUGGAAACAUGUCUUGCAUGCACUGCCGGUUUAUGUUGUUGCUGUGCGGCUCAAGACUGCGCUGAAUGCUUGACAAUGAUGUAA